GAGUAAGUGAACUUGAAGACAAGAACCAACGACUUGAGAACUGUCAGCGGUAGGAAGACUUAGCCUAACUUCACCCACAGUGGAAACAACUUCAGCAUCCAGAAUGAAUGUCUCACAGCUGAUGGUCUGUGGACUAUUGAUGACCUUGCUUUCAUUCAGCAUAGAGGCAAAUCCUUUGAUCCCGACAGAGCAAAAGUCUCUUAGAAGCUUGCUCGGAGAGGAGCUCUCUGAAUACCUGGCGUCCGGGGAACGCGAAAGGAGCUUGGAGAGCGCGAAGUCACGCCUGCUGAGGGAGCUGCGUCUGGGCAUUCGCUCCAAGGCCAUGUUGUCCCGCUUCAUGAACGACCAGCCCGGCUCGCGGAAACAGAAGCCCGGUGUGAAGAAGGGAGCGGCCCCGCCCGCCCGGGGUGGCUGCUUCGGGCACAAGCUGGACAGAAUAAGCACUCUAAGCGGGAUGGGCUGUUAGGCGCACACUAGCACCGCAUAUCGAACAUUUAGAGGAUGAUGGGAUUGCUGUCACUGGUCUUCAUCUGAGGAAGAGUACCAUCUUUAUUCAAGAAACCAAUUUUCAGUAGGAGGAGCCACAUCAUCGCAGUUAUGGAGGACCGAAAUGUACAUAAAAGAGAGCAGGCAUUAUGUGACAGACGACAGCAGUGUAGGGACUAGAAUAUUAAAGAGAACACAUUACAUCACAUUACAUGACAACAGCAUUAUUGCU